UUUGAUUUACUGAUGAAACGGACGAAACGCUGACUCAGUAUUUCGGUAAACAUGGUUCAAUCGCUGGAAGAUGUAUUGGGUGAGCAAGCCAAGAAACUUGUGGAGCUAAGGAUGGCAUCGAAUCUUAUACUGAGCACGAGAAGUCAUUCGAGUAUUCAAGAGGAACUGGCGGGGGUGCAGGAAGAAGUAUCUUCACUGAAAGCUGAAUUGCGAUUGGCUAGAGGUGAUUUGCAAGUAUUAAAUCUCCAGAAUGGCUCAUUAAAGAAAUUAUCAGUGCUUUUAGAGUCAUUGAACGCAAAGAUCAUUCAUAUGGAGAAUAAUGUACCAUCUGACUAUCUGCGCAAUUUUGGAACCUUGUCAGGAAUGACAGAUAUAUCACGCAUGGGGGUAAAAAAACCAAGCCAAGAAAGUUUUACCCCGCACUCCGUACAUACCUUGUCAGCAAUCAAACAGAAUGAUAGAUACGAAGAACACCACAACUGUAAAAUGACACUGUUCAAUGAACCUACCACCUGUUAUCCAGAGCUGAGCUUAAUAACCCAGGAAGAGUUCAACCAAUUGCCCAAGUAUAUGAUCGGCAGACAGACUUUGGAAACUCUGAAUAAUUUCUUGGUCACCAUUAAUUCCAUUCUCAAGGCAAAAUACAGCCUUUUAGCUCUAGGGAAAAACGGGGCUAAAAAAAAAGGAGAAUUCGAUUUAUACAUGAGCUUCAGAAGCCAAGAAAGCACUGAUGCAAAGGGAAAAGGAAAGGUGUAUUUUUUUACUGCUGAGGACUAUCACCGGCAGACCAAGACAAAGCUCGAUAAGACGAAAUUGAACUUAUUAACAGUCUUAAGACAUUGCAAACGCCUGCGGGAAGUGAGGGCAGCAAAAGCUAUACAAUAUGCAGUUUUUGAAUCGCUAAACUUGCAAGAUAAUCAUAACUAGCCGUUAUCUAAUUAUUAAAUGAAUUCAAUUAUAUACAGUGUACAUUACGAAAAUAUUUUUUUACUGUUUCAUAAAAGUUAUAUCAUACAUAA